AUGAAGCUUUGUGAAACCAGAUGGAUCGAACGGCUUGACGCUGUAAUUACAUUCAAGGAACUUUUUGUGCCAAUCUUUUUUACAUUAGAAAAAAUACAAAUGGAUGGUAACAGAGAAGCAUCAAAAAAAGCGUUCACAUUACAACAAGCUCUCAAAAAUGGAAAUUUUGUUCUUGCAAUGGUCGUGAUCCAAGAAAUUUUUUCAAUGGCUAACUCACUAUCAAUCUAUCUACAAAAAGUAAAUGUGGACUUAGCCUCUGCAAUGGAGACUGCUAAUAAUUUAAGUACACUAAUAAAGGAAAUGCGUAGCAAUGUAGAGUCGAAAUUUCAUGAUUUAUUUAGCACAGCUGAACACUUUGCUAAAGAAAUCGGAGAAGAUAUAAAAAUUCCAAGGGUUACACAUUUUCAACAACAUAGAGCAAAUUAUGAGUUAACUUCAGCAGAAAAUUAUUAUCGGGUAUCUGUAUUCAUCCCGUUUAUUGACUAUUUAAUUUCGCAGUUAGAAAUUAGAUUUACCAAACACAAAAAUACACUCUCAAUUAUUCAGAACUUUAUACCAAACAAAUUAAUAAAAUUAUCCGAAAAUGAAAUUGAGACAAGUACGGAAGUGAUGUCAAAACAGUGGCCAGUCGUAAUAAGCUCAUGUGACAAUAUUGUGAACAAAGAAGUUCUAUUGUGGAAACAAAGAUGGAUAGCCGCUCAAGAAGAUAAACUCCCUUUUGCUUUUAUAGAUGCCAUAAAUUGUUGUGAUGAGUUACUGUUUCCUAAAGUAUACCAAUAUUUAAAAAUUGGCGCUACGUUGCCCGUCACAGUUGCUAGCGUAGAACGGAGCUUUUCAACGUUAAAACGUUUGAAAUCAUACUUGAGGAAUUCCACGGGGAAAAUCGUCUAA